AUGCCUAGCGUUCCGAACGGCGCCUUCAUCCUAAGCUCCUUUCUUGUCAGCUUUGGGAUCGAGACCCCCGUGCCGGAGUGGCUUCGCAAGCGGGUGGCGGAGCAGAACGACACCUUCAAGCAGCGAUCUCUGGGGAUGUGGCUGCGGAAGGCUCCCACCAGGUGUGCAGACGACGACCUCUAUGAGGGCAAGCGCAAGAUCGGCGACCUCGAGGACUUGGCAGAUUCCAAGUUGGCCCCGGUGGACUUCGGCGCAGGGCCCAAGAAGUGGCUCGAGGUGCAGCGACUGCGGUGGACAGCAGGCGCCUCAAAGAGUAAUUGGCAGAGCUCACUCUUUGACACCACCAGUGCUUGGUCCUCCAUGCCCGCCGAGGUGCUGUACAGCACCUGGCACAUCUUGGCCAUCGAGCCGAGCACUGCGCCCAAGACCUCGGCGGACCUCAAGGUUGGAGACACAGUGAUGGCGGAGAUCCCCAUUGACCACAUGGACGACUUCGAUUCCUACCACCCGGAAGAGUCCACGGAGCAGCUCACGGGCACCGUGCUGGGCUUCGUGGCUGGCAUGGUGCGGCUGAUGCUGGACUCUGGUGAGGAGCAGAUUGUGAAGCGCUCCGCGGUGAAGCCGAUUCAGGACGCUGGCAUCUUCAGCCUCUGGGUGGCCUCAGGGCCCGGCUUGGACGUGCACCGCUGCGAGGUGGUCGCGCGGCGACAUGUGAUCCUGGCCCUUGAGUCCGAGCUCAAGCCAGAGGAGGCUCUCAGGGAGGUGCGCCCUGCGGACCUCGCCCAGGGCCUGCAAGUGCAGAGUCGAUCUGGGAACUUGGGUGUGGUGAACAAUGGCUCGCCGGAGCUGGGCUUAUGCAGCGUUACCUGGCGGGAUGGCUCCACCGAGGCGGUGUUCUGCAAAGAGCUGAUGACGCAGAACGGGCAUGCCACUAAGGUGAAUCGAGACGCGCCCCGGAAUCUGCAGCACCAAUGUAUGGUCGAGCGCGGCCACUCAAAGACGAGAUCCGCACAAAGGACUGCGCAGAGCGCUUGCGUGCAGCGGAUAGCGAAUGCUGAGCAGCUGGGUGUUGAGCGCGGAGGCUGGCUGCAGUUGGGCCUCGAGGCCAGCGGGGUCUGUAAGACCCUGCUGGCUGUGAGGCUGGCUGAGCUGGCUGGGUUGCUUGUCCAGUUGGGCCUCGAGGCCAGCAGGGUCUGUAAGACCCUGCUGGCUUUGAGGCUGGCUGGGUUGCUUGUCCAGUUGGGCCUCGAGGCCAGCAAGGUCUGUAAGACCCUGCUGGCUUUGAGGCUGGCUGGGUUGCUUGUCAUCCAGUUGGGCCUCGAGGCCAGCAGGGUCUGCAAGACCCUGCUGGCUUUGAGGCUGGCUGGGUUGCUUGGCCAGUUGGGCCUCGAGGCGAGCAGGGUCGGUAAGACCCUGCUGGCUUCGAGGCUGGCUGGGUUGCUUGUCCAGUUGGGCCUCGAGGCCAACAGGGUCUGUAAGACCCUGCUGGCUUUGAGGCUGGCUGGGUUGCUUGUCCAGUUGGGCCUCGAGGCCAGCAGGGUCUGUAAGACCCUGCUGGCUUUGAGGCUGGCUGGGUUGCUUGGCCAGUUGGGCCUCGAGGCCAGCGGGGUCUGUAAGACCCUGCUGGCUUUGAGGCUGGCUGGGUUGCUUGUCCAGUUGGGCCUCGAGGCCAGCGGGGUCUGUAAGACCCUGCUGGCUUUGAGGCUGGCUGGGUUGCUUGUCCAGUUGGGCCUCGAGGCCAGCGGGGUCUGUAAGACCUUGCUGGCUUUGAGGCUGGCUGGGUUGCAUGCCCAGUUGGGCCUCGAGGCCUGA